AUGGGCAGGUCCGCAGUCAUUGUCGCCGCCGCAGCGGGCGCCGCGGCGGGUGCUGCGGCAGCGGCAGCCUUCGUUGGCCGCCGCCAGGCAAGCGGCGUGCGCGGCCUCUUGAACGGCAACUACUCGUGGAUGACCCACAAGGAGCGCUGCUUGGUCCGCGCCCUCGUGAGCCACGGCCACUCCCACCUGUUCCGCUCGUGGCCGCGCCCCGGCAUUGGCGACGACGCCAAGCGGCGGCUGCUGGCCGCGGCGGCGGCGCGGCUGGCGGGCGAGGGCGGCGAGUUGGAGGAGGCCCGGCUGCAGGUCCUGCAGCCGCCGGUGGCCCCCAGGCGGCCCCUCGACCUGAACCUACAUGAUGACGUGCGCAGCGACGAGUAUUACUGGCUGCGCGACGACGCGCGCAAGGACAAGGACGUGCUGGCUUACCUGAAGGAGGAGAAUUCCUACACUGAGGCGGUGCUGGCAGACACGAAGGACCUGCAGGACGCCCUGUACAAGGAGAUGCGCGGCCGCAUCCAGGAGGAGGACUCCAGCGUGCCGACCAGGUACAAGGGCUACUGGUACUACAGCCGAACAGGCGAGGGCCAGCAGUACAAGGUGCACUGCCGCAAGGCCGUGCCGGCGGACGCGGCGCCGCCGAGCGAGGCGGACGCCCCCGCGGAGGGGGCGGUGGAGGAGGUUCUGCUGGAUGAGAACGCGCGGAAGGAGCAGGGCAAGCACGAGUUUUACAUGGUGUCGUCUGUCGAUGAGUCGCCGGACCAGAAGCUGCUGGCCUGGGCGGAGGACGUGGUGGGGGGAGAGCGGUACAACCUGCACGUCAAGGACAUCGCCACGAGUGCGCGACUCAGCGGCCCGAUCCCAAACACGAGCGGCGACGUGGUCUGGGCCAACGACAACGCCACCCUGUUCUACACCCUCAAGGACCACCUGGAUCGCCCCUACAAGGUCAUGAGGCACAGGAUCGGCACCCCGCACUCUGAUGACGUGGCGGUGUAUGAAGAGGCUGACGAGGCCUUUUACGUCGGCAUUGGCCGCGACUCCAGUGACGAGAUUCUGUACAUUCACGCGGGCUCCGCCGUCACCAGUGAAACGCGCUUUCUCUCGGCCGACGACCCCACUGGGGAGUUCAAGCCUGCGCUGCCCAGAGUGCCGGACGUGGAGUACUCUCUGAGCCACCAUCCAGGGCCGAAGGGCGAGGGCAAGGGCUGGUUCCUCAUCUCGCUGCGCGACAAGGAGCACCCAAACUCUGAGGUCCGGGUGGCGCCGGUCAGCAACCCCCAGGAUCAGACGCCUUGA